UUACUUUCAUAAUGUAUUUAAGCUGAUAAUCGUUCCAGAAGCACAAGUGUCGGUCGACCUUGGAAACUCGUCUUUGAUCGCUCAGGCAUUUGCAGCAUCACCCCCCAAGGACGCCUCAAAUUCCAGCAGGCAUGGCGCUCUUUGCAGCAACGCCGGCGCCAAAGCUACCUACCAAAGAUAUCUUAUCCUGGAUCUUCGAUAACCCGGAUUACGAUGUGAAAAGACCGAUCUUGAUAGACGCAGCGCGACCUGAGCGAUCUAUUUCAAAUCUUCAAGCCCGUAAGAUCAUCCGACAAUUGAUUGCUGGCCUACACAACCUGGGAGUCCGCAAAGGUGACUGUGUCAUAAUUCACUCAUUCAACGACAUAUACUAUCCGAUCAUGGUCCUUGCAAUUAUCGGCUCAGGCGCUUAUUUUGCUGGAACGAAUCCCGGAUACACUCCUCUCGAACUGAAGCACCAUGUCAAGGUCACUCGAGCGAAAUUCUUCAUCAGCGAGCCCGAGCUACUAGACUCCUUGCUGCAGGCCGCCCAAGAGACCGGAAUCCCAAAAUCGAGUGUCCGCAUCUUCGACACACAGCCUAAUCAGACCUGCCCGCCAGACUUUGUCAGCUGGACGGAACUGCUUCAACAUGGAGAGCAAGACUGGGUGCGCUUUGACGACCUGGCCACCUGCGCCAAUACUACUGCGGCGCGGCUGACAAGCUCCGGCACAACUGGUUUGCCCAAGGCCACGGUGAGCACUCACCAGAACUUCAUCGCCCAGCACGAACUCAUAUAUGGCCUGGCCAGCCCGAAGCGCCCAUAUGAAGUCAUCAGCCUGAUUUCCUUGCCCAUGUUCCACGCGGCCGUGGGCCCACGCGUCCAUACCUCACUACUCAAGAGUGGAGAGGCUGGGUACGUGAUGCGGCGUUUCGAGCUUGAGCCAUUUCUCGCCAAUGUGGAAAAGUACAAAGUGACGGAGUUGUACCUGGUCUCGGCGUUGGCUGUCAUGAUCUGCUACUCACCGCUGGUUAAGAAGUACUCGCUGCGCUCGGUACGACAGGGUCUUGUGGGGGCAGCGCCAUUGGAUAAAGACACUCAAGCCGGGAUACGGAAAUACAUGAGUCCCGGGGCGCCAUUCACUCAGGUGUAUGGCAUGACUGAGAGCACCUGCAUUAUGACCUGGUUCGACUACCCUGAGGACGACGUAACGGGGUCUGUUGGGUGCAUCAGACCAGGAAUUGAUGCGAAACUGGUUGAUGAUGAGGGCAAUGACAUCAGCGCAUACGAUGUCAGGGGCGAGAUGUGCAUCAAGGGCCCAACUGUGAUCAAAGAGUACUUUGAGAACCCUACGGCGAACGCUGAGUCAUUUGACGCCGACGGUUUCUUCCAUACAGGUGACAUCAUGUAUUGCGACGGCAAGACGAAGCUUUGGUACGUGGUGGACCGGAAGAAGGAGAUGAUCAAGGUACGCGGAUUUCAGGUCGCGCCACCCGAGAUCGAGGGCGUCCUACUCAUGCACCCUGCGAUCGUGGACGCUGCGGUCAUUGGCGUUCAGGCGGCCAGCGAGGUCGACGGCGAAGUUCCCCGCGCAUAUAUCGUGCGUGGACCAGGUGUGCGACACGAAGACCUCACGGAAGCGGAUGUCAUCGAGUUUGCCGCCAAACCGUUGUCGAAGUUCAAACGUUUAGAAGGUGGGGUGAGGUUUGUCGAUGGAAUACCCAAGAAUGCCUCAGGGAAGAUUUUGAAGCGGGUGCUAAGGGAAGAGGUGAAGAAAGAAGGGACUGCUAAAGCUAAGCUAUAGAUCUGAUGGGUUCAGCAGGUAAGACGAGUUAACUAGGGAAACAUCAGCUUCGGGAU